CAUGUUGGGCCUGGCCAUCUGGCCUGCGCUUUGAAGUAUAUAAAGAUCUUCAAAGUUUCACUGUGGUCAUCGAAACGGUAUCACCGAUUCAUCUGAGACUUCAUCGGCGUCGCGAUUUAGUCAUUCUUUUGUGUCUCACGACUUUCACUGGUCAAGAUGUUUGGGCAUGACUGGACUUCUAAACUUGUUGUAGGUUUGUCUUUGGCUACUCUUGCGACUUCUAAUCCCGUGGCCGCUCCCCAAGCUACGACGACCAUCACGCCCUCCGGGCCACCAUGUACCCACAGUGCAACGAACCGAGCUUGUUGGAGGAAUGGCUUCAACAUUACUACUGAUUAUGAGACCUCCCUUGGGACGCCCCCGGGCAUAACCAGAGUCUACAACCUUGUGAUUACUAACGUGUCAUCAUUCUCUCCGGAUGGUGUUUCAAAGCCAGCUAUGCUCAUAAAUGUGGGUUUACCGGCAGUUACUUGCUCAAUGCUAACCAGUUUCGAAGGUACCUUCCCUGGACCCCUGAUCACUGCCGAUUGGGGGGAUUUCCUUCAAAUCAAUGUGCACAACAACCUACCACAAAAUGGAACAUCUAUUCAUUGGCACGGCAUGAGACAGCUGGGCACGAACGACCAGGACGGUGUCAACGGUGUUACCGAAUGUCCUAUCCCACCAAACCAUGUAAAGUCCUAUACAUUUAGGGCGACUCAAUACGGGACUUCCUGGUAUCAUUCGCACUUCUCGGCCCAAUACGGAAAUGGCGUGUUAGGUCCAAUGCAGAUCAACGGCCCUGCCUCCGCCAACUAUGACAUCGAUCUGGGGCCAUAUGUCAUUAGUGACUGGUACAGAACCACAGCAGAUGAGGCGGCAAGCAUAGCCGAGAUUGUUACUAAUGGUGCGCCACCCGCGAGUUCGAAUGUGCUCUUCAACGGAACAAACAUCAACCCUUCCGGGUCCGGCGGGCAAUACAAUAGAGUCACUCUCACUCCAGGAAGGAAACAUCGACUCCGCCUCAUCAACACUUCGGUCGAGAACCACUUCAGUGUUUCCCUCGUCGGACACAACUUCACUGUCAUCUCGACUGACAUGGUUGCCAUCGAACCUUUGGUGGCAUCAUCGCUUUUCAUGGCUGUCGGGCAACGGUACGAUGUGAUCAUAGAGUCCAACCAGAAUGUCGAUUCGUACUGGUUCAAUGCUACCUUGGUUGGAGGCCUUUGCGGUGUCUCUGUGAAUACAGCCCCUGCGGCUAUCUUCUCCUACCAGGGAGCCCCCGCAGCUGGCGUCCCGAGCGACCCUGGGGUGCCUCUGACUACUACACCCUGUAUCGACAACACCGGAUUCGUGCCAAUUGUACCCCGCCAGGCCCCCCAGUCGGAAUUCGCUGCGUCACAAGAUGUUUUGGAUAUACAGCUCGAAACUACCACUGUCAAUAGCACUGCAGUAUUUCGAUGGGAGAUCAAUGGCGAAAGCAAUGAUGUCAAAUGGGACAAACCAACCCUUGAGUAUGUCAGAGAUGGGGACACGUCUUACCCUCCUGAAGCGAAUGUCAUUAUUCUUGACGAACCUGAUGUGUGGACAUUUUGGGUUGUCCAGAACAACGCCAUAAUUCCUCAUCCCAUCCAUCUUCACGGCCACGACUUCCUAUUGCUAGGAACUUCUGACACAGACGCCAACCCGACUGAGCCAGUCAUUUUCAACGAGGCCUCCGACAUCGGCGGCCUCAAUUUCAAUAACCCCACACGUCGAGAUGUCGCCAUGCUUCCGCCGUUCGGGUGGCUUGUUAUUGCGUGGAAAACGGACAACCCGGGUGCUUGGUUAGUGCAUUGCCACAUAGCAUGGCACGUUAGCCAAGAUCUCAGUGUUCAGUUCCUCGAGAUGCGCGACCAAAUACCCAAGGCCAUGGACUUGGGUCAGCUCGAGCCACAGUGCAGUGAUUGGGAGGCGUACUACGAGACCAGCUACUGGAAGAUUGCUGAUUCCGGCCUUUAAGGCAGUAGGUUCAGGUCCAGAUGCGAACAAAUAAUUAUUUGCAUGUAUACGAAGGCGUUGAUUGGCACCUUAUUUCUGAUAUAUUCAUAUUCUAGCAACACAGGUUGGAAUCGGUCUUCGGGAGAGCUGGAAACUUCCAUACUUUCCAUGUGGUUUUGGGAGAUGUUAGCUGCCAUUCCUAGCUCGCAAUACUCUACUUUGUUGGUUAUAUAUUCGUGAACGUCAUGUAUCAAUCUAAAUUUCUUGCGGUGAUGAUACUGGCUUAUUUCUUAGUGUUGGGAUUUCACAUACUCGAGUGUAGCAUAUUGUCUCUCAUCUGAAUCAAAUCAUUUAUUCUGUCGUUGCCCU